AUGACUCCAAUCAGAAAAACACUUGCAUUUCUGGCAAUAACCACCACUUCAGUAUUAGCCUCUGAUAUACACCCUGCACCAGAGGUGUGUUGUGAUAGCAAGUUUUAUACCUCGGCUAGUGAAGCAAAGCAAUUAGUCAAAGAUUUAAGGGCGGGGAAAGUAGAUGGUGACCAUCAUUGGUUUGAAAAUGGUGAUACUAUCUGGGAAUCAAACGGUGGCACAUUUUCAGGUACAGGCAGAGCUGAUAGAUUACAAGCAAUUAUCGACAAAUGUACUAGCGAUGAUGGUAAAAGCGUAGCUGGUCAUGAUUGUCUUUAUGACUUGAACGCAAGCAGCAACAGUAUGUGUCUGUACAAGGGACCACAGUCAGGCUGUCAUUAUGGUGACAACUGUCUUGACCUUCACUUUAACAAAAGUAAAUGCUUAUACUGGUAG